AGCUAGGGGCUUGCCUAAAUGGACCUGCCCGCCGAUCCGUCAGCGGCAGGCAAAGCCUGCAGCGGACCGUGGCCCAGCGAACACAGGAUACGGCCAUCUUCGACUUCUUCGCAUUGCAUGUUGGGAAUGCAUGCCCUCCACUCUCCGGAUUACCAAGGGGUGGGGGAAGGUGGGCGGGAAUAGUUCAGCUAUUGGCUGAAACUCAAAAAGACGGAACCAAUCAUAAAAUACGUGAAAAGUUCAUGGUUUGCAAGACUUCGUUACGGAAAUUAAGUGCUCUGUAUGCCUCAUUUGCCGCAAAGAAGUCUUCUGAAACGAUCGUUUUAAUACUAUAUAUCUUCGAUUGUUUUCAAAAUAAAAAGCUAGUGAAAGUGAAAUUCUUACUUCCCCCCCUGAGAGCGGAAGUGAUCUCAUCUACGUAAAUCUUCCAGCGAGGGUUUAUCUCGCGCAAGCGUAGUUUAAAUCACAUGGUGGAUGCGGGCUUGUGGUUGUGUUAAGAAUUUGCUGGUGGUGAUUGGAAUUUUUUUCUGGGUGCCAGAACUCGAAACUGACCAGGAGGAUGUCGGGCUCAAAGAACAUGCCCUGGCGGCGGCUACAGGGCAUUUCCUUUGGGAUGUAUUCGGCCGAAGAGCUCAAGAAGUUAAGUGUUAAGUCCAUUACGAACCCGAGGUACCUGGACAGCCUGGGGAACCCGUCAGCUAACGGCCUGUACGAUUUAGCUCUGGGCCCUGCGGAUUCCAGGGAAGUGUGCUCCACCUGCGUGCAAGACUUCAACAACUGCUCCGGCCACCUGGGCCACAUUGAGCUCCCGCUCACAGUGUACAACCCUCUCCUCUUUGAUGUAUGUUCCUCCCUGGGCCACAUGGGUCUCAGGGCUGCUGGUGGGGAUUUGUGAGGCCACCCGUCUCCCCACAGGAGGGGGCUGAGAGGCUUACCCCCAGAGAAUUUGAGUGCAAGUGCUCUUUACCAUUAGCUUUUCAGCCUGGAGCAGCGAAAUCCAGUACAUUGAACUUAGCCUCUAGCCAUAACGAAGUUAAUUU